AUGUCUGAACAAGAAGUUAAAGAAUUGCCAAAGGAGCAAAAAGAGGAGGAAGUUGUUGCUGAAACCAAAGUUGAAGAGACUGAAACUGGAUCAAAGGGCGACAAUGCAGCAGAUGAUGCAACUGAUGCAAAUACAUCUACAACUGAAAGUGUUAAAAGAAAAGACUCUGUUGAGGCUGCUGGGGAACCAAAGAAGAAGAAAAAGAGAAGAACUUAUGAUGAUGACGAGCCAGAGGCAAAGAAGGAAGAAAUUGAAGCGGGAGGAAAGGAAGUGGCUGAUGGGGAAGAUGAAGAUGAAGAUGAAGAUGCCGAAGCUGAUGCUGAAGAGCAAGAAGAAGACGAUGAUGAUGAUGAUGAUGAUGAUGAUGACGAAGAAGAUUACGACGGAGAGGACGACGGAGGAGAUGAGGAGGAAGAAGAGGACGAGCUCAAUGAAAUAGACACCACAAACAUUAUCACGAGUGGUAGAAGAACAAGAGGUAAGCAAAUUGAUUUCAAGGAUGCUGCUGCGAAAUUGGAUGCUGAAGGGGUCAAGGAAUAA